UGACUAAUGACUGAAUCCCAGCACGAGAGCUUCGCGGGUAUCUGAAACGGAACAACGGAACGCCACCGCGCCGGAGAUAUCCAGCCCCCGCCGAUCCAUGGCUCCCGCGGUGUCGCGGCUCCUCUUCCUCACCCUCGCCGUCGCCUCCUCCCUCGCCGUGGGCGCGGACGCCCUCCGGUCGCUGGGCGUCGGCGACGGGGCCACCGCGCAGGGGGACUACGCCGUGGAGCUCGACGCCACCACCUUCGACGCCUUCCUCACGGCAUCGCGGGAGUCCUUCGCCGUCGUCGAGUUCUUCGCCCACUGGUGUCCAGCUUGCAGAAACUACAAGCCUCAUUAUGAGAAGGUUGCGAAACUUUUCAAUGGUCCAGAUGCUGCACAUCCUGGGAGAAUACUAAUGGCUAGGAUUGAUUGUGCAUCAAAGGUGAACAUAGAUCUUUGCAAUAGAUUUUCUGUUGACCAUUAUCCUUUCCUACUUUGGGGCCCCCCACCAAAAUUUGCUAACACUAAGUGGGACCGGAAGCAAGAGAAAAGCAAACUAAAAUUGAUUGAUGAUGGAAGAACAGCAAAGCGUUUACUUAAGUGGAUAAAUAAGCAAAUGGAAAGUUGCUUAGUUCGGUUCUACCAUUACAGGCGUGAUGGAUUUUAUUAA